UUACACUUGGAUAUUAGCCUACCAUACCCGGGAGCAAGGGGGAGGAGAUAGAGGUGGUAGCGAACGGGCAAUGUAGCCGGUUUAAUGGCAACACUUUAUCCACAGCGUGACUGUAUCAUGCAUACACUAGGAUUUUUUUUCCUAGACUGUUUGCUGACAUUAGUUGUAUGACAGGUCCUAAAAUAAUCUGCAGCGAAGACUUCACAGUGAAUGUAUCGAAUAUUAUCCGCCAGGCAAUAGGGUCGGUCGAUAUGGCAUAACGGUUCAGAUAUCAGUAGCCGAGUACUGCGGCCAAAGGCGAGAAGAGCAGUGCCCUUGCAAUAUAAAUCAAAACACUCGAGCGAACCAUCGACUUCGAAAGCAUUUCGCCUCUCGGAAAUAAAAUUGCUGAAGCAGCGAUCCGACAGCAGCACGUCGGGCGGGAGUCAUAUUCUGAUUCGGACCAAGACAAGAGACCAUACGCCAGAAGCGGGGAGGACACACACAUCAAUUUGUCUUGCUUGACGCACGUUCUCAUUUCUUGAAGAUAUCCCAAAUACGGAAUAAGACAAAACACAAAGAGAAUGUGGAACAAUUCUCGAUUUGAAGUCUAUCACCGGGACCAAACACAUUGAUUUCCCCUUGAUCCGACCGACCGGGCCGCAGAACGGGACGCCGCAACAACCAAAUAAGCCACCCAGGCCUCUGCUGGUUAUGAGCAGGGGGUUGGGAGGGAGGUGUGGGGAGUUAACAAACAUACCACCCACGGCUGUAUCGUAGCCCUCUCUUUCUUUCCUUAUGUAUCUGUUUUAUUAACAUUGACCGUAACCACUAGCAAGUCCAUUUCCAUUCCCAAAAUAUCCCCAGAACUAGCCUACUAAAAACAAAUGCAGCAUUUGACCACAUACCGCAUUAGCAUAACAUUACUACUAGCAUAACAGUAUUAUUAGCAUAACAUUACUAACAUUUUGUGUUCUAUUGACAAUACUUACAUGCUGCCACGCAUUUUAAUGAUAUACCUUCCACCAUUUAGCAGCAAGUGAUAGUUGGAAACUCUGCUACAAUAGCUUUGAAAGUACCCUGCAUAGAUCAGUCAUUCAACCUUUCCCAAGUGGUUUGAGGGCAGUAGUGAGGCACCUGUUAACACACACACACACACACACACUCUGGGACCAUGCUGAGGAUCCUGGCUGCCGGCUCCAUCUUCUUCCCGGGCCUGUUCCUGCUGUCUAAGAGAUGCCUGAAACAGGCCCCAGGCCUGGGCUUGAGCGAGGGAGAUGCCGCCAUCGUGUCUGCCAGGCUGGUGUCAUCCAUCCAAGCAAUCAUGGCUUCCUCAGCUGGCUACAUCAUCGCAUCCUCCUGUGAGGAUAUCAUCGAGGAUCAACACUGGCUUACCAGUACCUACAUCCUGUUUGCGGUGCCCUACUUUGCGUACGACAUCUACGCCAUGUUCCUGUGCUACUGGCACAAGCUGCAGGUCAAAGGGCACGAGGAGGAGGGCGGCAGGCCUAAGCCAAUGGGCUCGGCAGUGGCCAGCUACCUGCGCAGGGAGUUCCUCAUGGUGCUGCACCACGUCGUCAUGGUGACCAUCUGCUUCCCCAUCUCCGUGUUCUGGAGGCAGGGAAAGGGGGAUUACUUCCAGGGUGUCAUGUUCAUGGCUGAACUCAGCACUCCGUCCGUCUGCCUGGGGAAAAUCCUCAUCCAGUACAAGAAGCAGCACACUCUUCUUCAUAAAGUGAAUGGCGCUCUCAUGCUGGUCACUUUCUUCAUCUGUCGAGUUCUGCUCUUCCCCUACCUCUACUACGCCUACAGCAGGUAUGCCUCCAUCCCCCUCUACACAGUGCCCUUUGGGGCUCCCUGGCAGUACAACGUGGGGGCCUUCUGUCUCAUGGCUCCACAGAUCUACUGGUUCACCCUCAUCUGCAGGGGCGCCUUCCGCCUCUUCACAGGGGCCUCACGCUCCCGGCCCCCGGCUGCACUCAACAAGCCAGAUGGGGGCUGCUGCCCCAGCCAGGGAGCCCCUUUACCUCCCCCAGCCAACGGCUACAGUCCCGUCCCCCAUCAGGCAGACAGAGAGACCGACACGCACUGAGAAAGAGGGAGGCAGAGAUGGAGAGGAAGAGAGAUCACUGUGGGGACGGGGUCAGCCAGACCAGGCCGGGGGAGAGAAGACCGAGGUCUAUCAAGGAAAUCUAUUGUACUGUAUUGCAAUGACACUGUAACCUAGGAGAGAGGGAGAGAGAGAUUGUUUCUCAUCCUCUACCACUCUCUCCCUCCCUCCAUUGUCCCUUUAGAGUUACACGGACCUCUGGAGGAAGAGAGCAACAGAUUGAAAGAGGAGAGGGUACAGAAAGAAAUGAAUAAGGGAGCGAGAUGGAAGCAUAGACAAGAGAAAGACUUGUGAAAGGGCAAGUAUUUAAAUAUUACGUGUCUGUACACACUGAUUUCAAACAAUGGAGGGGAAUUAAUGGAUUGAAAAGCAAAAGGAUGAGAGAACACAUUGAAGAGCAAUAGUGAUAGAGUGAUGCAGAGAAGAAUACAGGCGGUUUAAGCAAGAGUGAUAAUCUUAUUUGACUGAGUUAAAGGAAUAGAUAAAAAGUAUUCUUCUCUUGAAAGAGAGAUUCAACUGCUGUUCUAGAUUAGGGAAGGAUGCAAAAUGAAUAUCAAUGUAUAGAAAUAUGUCGUAAAUUAUUAUUUGGUGACCAGUUGAUUUUGGUGACUGCAAAAAAGGGGACAAAGACAAUACCAGAAUUUCAACUUGUGAUCCUGGUACUGUAUUAUUUGUCCACCAAGAUGAUCCACUCUGGAUCGAUUUGAGUGGGUCUUGUCUUUGAAAAUGACAGAUGGACACGCAACAGCGCCUCUGGUAUCGCUUCGUUCAGCCUUCUCUCCCCUCUGAAGUUGUCUUUCUCCCUUUUCUCCUGUUAGAAAACUAAUGUGGGCGGAGGGUGAAGAGGGUUUAUAAUAGUAGAUGAGUAAAUGUAAUUUUAGGUUUUUAUAUUGCUCUCAUUCAAAGCAUUUAUUUAUUUAUUCAUGUUGAUCGUUUUUUUUUAUGUAUGUUUCGUGAUUUCCUCUUGUACUCACUCCCCACUUCAAUCAAAAGAGGAGAGGAAGAGAGAGAGAGAGAUUGAAUGUUGGAGAGAUUCAUAGAGGGGGAGAGAAGGGGGGAGUAGUAGACUCAAAUGGGACAAUGAUGCAGCUACGCUGUCCCAGUCUGCCUUCCAGCGUUACUUGACUUGGGUGGCUGUCUUCAAUACACGACUGGGUGGGUCUGUGCAGCUUACCAGAUCUUUGCAAUGCCUGGAUAGGUGUUUAAUGUCUCAGAACCCCCCCCCCCCCCCCCCCCCCCCCCCAUCAACAUGAUAUAAUGAUCAGGGACACUGCUAUCAUCACCAUGGUUCUGUGAUGAUAGGGAAGGCUGUUGUGGAAAAGGGUCUCCUGCCGGCUAAACAAGGUAACCACAUUUUAGAAUCGAGAUGUGUUCUCCAGGCAUUCUACAGUCUGCUGAUGUAAGGGAUUCCUAGAUGAUCUGAAGCAGUAUUAUGAAGGAUUUAGAGAAAGUAAGUUGUAGUGUGUUCAACGGUAUGGGUGGAAUUCGAAGUAGAUUGCACUGGCAACUGUGGUACUCUCUUUUAUGUAUUGAGGGGUUUGUGCGAUAGGACCGAAGAAGAAACACAUUGACGAUGCACUGAGAGAAGGGACUGAUAAGGUUGGAUGGGGGGGAGGGGUGCAAAUACAGGUUCCAAGUUCUCAUUUUUCACCACUAUUUUGUUUUACUUGGGAUUUUAUUUCUGUUUUGGUGCCGUUUACUCAUGUUGACACAGUGUGCAGCGGCACCAAUGUAGCUAUCUACUGUAUCUAAGGUUGUUUGAUAAACGCCAUUUGGGACGAAGUCUAAGUCAAGAGGGUUGAAAUGUGGUCCUUGAAGCUCAAUCCCAAGGUGAACGGACCUUGAACACUUGACCACUGCCUUGGGUUGUGACUUGGGAGUUGGUUGACAUUGGGACUCUACUAGCCUGGUCCCAGAUCUCUCUACCGGUACAUGGAAGAAAAGUGAACAGAUAGAGGGACUACUGUAUAAUACGCUGGACUAUACUUAUUGCAUCAGGCUGUUUUCUGCUGUGUAGCUGCAUGAUAGGAAUGAGAGAAUGGCUUUUUGACCAUUGGCCGAUAUUAACCUGGGAACACUGUAACACUUAACUUAGUUACUAUUUACAAUGGUCAGUUAUGGUACUGUUUAUAAUGGCUUAUUGAGGACUUAUUAAUCUCCGCACCCAGAACCAAAUCAGUUACUCGAUUUUUAACAUUUUGAAAUGUUUUAUGAUGGAUAUUUUUUAAAAUUUUCAUUCAUGCUUUAUAACUGAUUUAAAGGCACUGAUUUUAAAGGUACAUUGGCAAAUUGUAUGAUCAACAUUAUUUUCCAUGCCAAAAAGUAGACCUAAGCGUCCGGCAAGGGGUAUAAAACUGUGGAGUUGAUCAUACAAAGCAAAUGUCAUAACUCAAAUGAAUUAUGUUCACAAAUGUCAGUUGUAACAAAGAGUAGGGUCAAAGUUCAGCUUUACAGCGUGAUUGAGAUGUAAAGGCAGUGUUCCUCGUCUGACUGAAAGCGGUCGCUGAAACUGCCACUGAGUAUCAUUUGCACUGGAUUGCAAAGUUUAGUUCCAGAAGAUACACUUUGAGUGAGUGAGAUAGGUGUUGGAGUUAAAAGACAAGAUGGUGAUGAUUUAAACCAAAACCUGUAUCUUCUUCUAGUGUCUACUGUUGCAACUAACCCCCUCUAGUCUAUUAUAAAUGAUGCCUUCAUGUUAAACCCUAUGAGCAAAAAAACGUAUUUUCACCAAUUUUGCUCACUGGGAAGUGUUAACUCCCAAAAGAAAACAACAUUCAUUUUACCAGUGUACAUGUCCUCUGUCAUGGAAAGUAUUACAAAAACAAAUCUUCCAUAUUGUUUAUUUUAUUAAUUUAUUUUAAUGUGUCUCUGUUAUUUAUUGAAUGGGUUUGAAUGUACAUACGAAUACAUGUAUAAAUGAUAUAUAUCCUGUACGUAUGGGUUUGUUGACUGCUGCCUGACUAACUGUGGGCUCUACUGUGUAAACUCCUGUCUAUCUGAAAUGGCAACCUGUUCCCUACAUAGUGCACUACUUUUGACCAGAGCCUUGUUAAAGUAGUACACUACGGUAUGUAGGGAACACUGGGGUGCCGUUUUGGACACAGAACUGUUCUGUUGGCUGACAUAUAUACUCUGCUCUCCUCUUCUGCUCUGACUACCAACAUGACAUCUGGAUUCUACCAUUCUAGCACCACUGCACUGCUUUUGAAAAUAAGCACCAGUCUCAUCGUGGUGAAGAACUUUGAGUGAAGUUUUGCUUUACAUGCAACAGAUUGACCAAUAAAAUCCUCCCCAUUGUUUGUGCAUAAA